GCUUUUUUGACGAUGGCGGCCGAGAUCAAGACUCGUAUGGGUCCAGUACAACAAGCCGGUACAGGUCCAUCAGUACGUAUUGGUGGCUCACAACCGAUCAAUGAGAAGAAGGUUGGAGGAUGUUGUUAA